AUGUCAGUCAAGGGCAACAUGGGGCCUACCCCCACAGAGGGGUUCACCACAGCACCUGCCAAUGACUUUGGAGAGAUCCACAACUGGGAUGAACUGCUCUACUUCUUCAACCACACUUUGCCCGAGUGCCACAUGAAGCUCAGAGAGGACACCAAGCAAGUGACUCUCUUUGUCCUCUACCUGGCCAUCUUUGUGGUGGGGCUGGUGGAGAACCUCCUGGUGAUCUGUGUCAACUGGCGCUGCCUGGGCCGGGGAGGGCUGCUGAACCUCUACAUUUUCAACAUGGCCAUAGCGGACCUGGGCAUUAUCCUAUCUCUGCCCGUGUGGAUGCUGGAGGUCAUGCUGGACUACACCUGGCUCUGGGGCAGCUUCUCCUGCCGUUUCACUCACUACUUCUACUUUGCCAACAUGUACAGCAGCAUCUUCUUCCUGGUGUGCCUCAGUAUUGACCGCUACGUCACCCUCACCAACGCCUCUCCCUCCUGGCAGCGCCACGAGCACCGAAUGCGGCGGGCCGUGUGCGCGGGUGUCUGGGUCCUCUCGGCCAUCAUCCCACUGCCCGAGGUGGUGCACAUCCAGCUGGUGGAGAGCUCAGAGCCCAUGUGCCUCUUCAUGGCGCCCUUUGAAACAUACAAUACAUGGGCCCUGGUGGUGGCCCUGUUCACCACCGUCCUGGGCUUCAUGCUGCCCUUCCCACUCCUGGUGAUCUUCAAUGUGCUGACAGCCUGCCGCCUUCGGCGGGAGGGGUGGCCAGAAGGCCGGCGCCACUGUCUGCUGGUGUGUGCCUACGUGGCCGUCUUUGCCAUCUGCUGGCUGCCCUACCAUGUGACUCUGCUGCUGCUCACGCUGCACGGGACCCACGUCUCCCUCCACUGCUACCUGGUCCGCCUGCUGUACUUCUUCUACGACAUCAUCGACUGCUUCUCCAUGUUUCACUGCGUCGCCAACCCUAUCCUUUACAACUUUCUCAGCCCGAGAUUCCGGAACCAGCUGCUGAGCACUGUGGUCCAUUACCUCCCCAAGGUCCGGGCCAGGGGGGACAGACGUGCUUCCUCUUCUUCCUCCUCGUCUACUCAGCACUCCAUCAUCAUCACCAAGGAGGGCGCCCAGCCCGCCGCAGCAGGCCCCAGCACCACCCAAGCCUGAACUUCUAAGCGCCAACUACCUCACCCAUCCCUGCCCCUCAGGCUCUCCUAGGCAGCUGAGGUAGAUCCCUCUCUUCUCCAUCAGCAAACUAGAAAGCUAGAGGUGUAGGUAAGAGAUCUGGGGAGGAGUGGGGGAAAGGGUCAGAACAUUCAUGGUCAACUUUGAGUAUGUCUUACAAUAUUGAGGGGGG